CCGGGAAUGGCCGGGCACCCCAACGGCCACGACGUUCUCGCCUCUCCUCGCUGCUCGAUCCUUCCUUCCACAAUUCGAACAUCGACGCAACGAUUGAAAGCAGCUGGGCAAGACAAAGAACCAGCAACCAACAGACAGACAACAACUAGCUACAUUUAUACACGACAACAAUAACAGCAAUACCAAGAUGGACAACCAGUUGAUUCCCCAGGCCAUUGAAAUAGUGACAAAGGCGAUCCAAGCCGACAACGACAAAGAAUAUGAAAAGGCAUUGUCCCUGUACCGAGAUGCCCUCGCGAGGUUCACUCUGGGCCUCAAGUACGAAAAGAAUGAAGCCAAGAAGAAACUCGUGCUCGAGCGAGUGGAGGGUUAUAUGCAACGAGCCGAAGAGCUCAGCGACUACUUGAAGAAGCAGUCGGAAUUAGACAACAAGGGCGGCGGUGGAGCCGCAACGAAAGCCAAGGAUGGCACGGAAGAGGACGAAGACGCAGAGAAAAAGAAAUUGCGUGGGGCUUUGAGUGGCGCCAUUGUGUCAGAAAAACCCAACGUCAAGUGGACCGAUGUGGCUGGGUUGGAAAAUGCCAAGGAAAGUCUCAAAGAAACAGUCAUUUUGCCAACCAGAUUUCCACAGCUUUUCACCGGAAAGCGAAAACCUUUCAAGGGAAUCUUGCUCUAUGGACCACCGGGGACUGGAAAAUCCUAUUUGGCCAAGGCGGUCGCAACAGAGGCUGAUUCUACCUUCUUUUCAGUCAGUAGUGCUGAUCUCAUCUCCAAAUGGCAAGGAGAAUCGGAACGUUUGGUCCGGAAUCUUUUUGAAAUGGCCAGAGAGUCCCCGGGUGGUCGGGCCAUUAUUUUCAUUGACGAGGUCGAUUCCUUGUGUGGAAGCAGAAGCGAAGGAGAGAGUGAUUCGGCCAGGCGUGUCAAGACAGAAUUUUUGGUGCAAAUGGAUGGAGUGGGAAAACAAGAGGGACAAGUCCUCGUCCUUGGAGCUACUAACGUUCCUUGGGAAUUGGAUGCUGCAAUCCGCCGACGUUUUGAAAAGCGUGUUUACAUUCCUCUGCCGGAACCAGAGGCAAGAGCCUUCAUGUGCAAACUGCAUCUGGGAGACACACCAAACUCCCUCACUGAACAUGACUUUGACAAUCUGGGAGAAAUCACGUUGGGAGCCAGUGGAUCCGAUAUCAAAGUGUUGGUCAAGGAGGCCUUGAUGGAGCCGCUCCGACGAUGCCAGCAAGCCAAACAGUUCAUUGUCGACAAGGAUGGUUUCUAUUUGCCUUGCGAAAAUUACCCGAGUUGUUCUAGUUGCCCGCCCAAACUGAGUUCCGACCCAGCGGACAAAGACUACACAUGCACGCGAUGCGGCGCCAAGAGAAUGCAACUUUGGGAUGUCCCACCUGACAAACUUAAGGUUCCCGUCGUGGAGUACCGCGACUUUGCAAAGGUCAUGCGACACUCGUGCAGCACAGUCUCAGAAGACGAACUCAAGCGCUUUGUAGAAUGGACCAAAAGUUUUGGUCAAGAUGGCGCGUAACAUGAGUCAGUCAGUUUGGCGCCCAUGCACAGGGACCAAUGUCCCACGAACACAGCAACACAAGCGCACCACGAGGGCAGCCAACAAAUCAAGCAUCUUUUUUCAGUGUAAACAAGUACAAAGAUAGAUAUAUCGAAAACAUCUAGUCUGCAUAGUUGGUUACUG